AGUUGUAUACGUCAUGUCAUGUUAUACUGAGCGGGAAUGUUAACAUUCUGAUACGUAUUGAAUGUUCAAAAGUUAAUUCGUGAUAUAUUAUCUAGCUAUCAUGUGUUCUGCGAAAACCCCAUGCAUUCUUUCAAUCCAGAGUCAUGUAGUGUCGGGAUAUGUCGGCAACAAAAGUGCUACUUUCCCAUUACAGUUGUUAGGUUUUGAAGUUGAUGCAAUCAAUUCUGUGCAAUUAUCCAAUCACACUGGUUAUGAAAUGUUUAAAGGUCAAAUACUUAACGAUAAAGAUCUAGAUGACUUAGUUGAAGGCCUAGCAUAUAAUAACUUAGAUAAAUAUACAUAUUUACUUACUGGAUAUGUUGGUUCAGCUUCUUUCCUAAAGAGAAUAGCUCUGCUAGUUGCAACAUUGAAACGUAAAAAUCCAAAUCUUAUAUAUGUUUGUGAUCCUGUUAUGGGUGAUAAUGGAAAAAUGUAUGUCCCAGAAACUCUAAAGGAAAUUUAUAAGAAAGAAAUAGUACCAUUGGCAGAUGUGCUGACACCAAAUCAAUUUGAAUUAGAAUUACUGACAGACAAAAAUAUUACUAAUAUGGAUGAACUGCAAAGUGUGUUAAAAGAAUUACAUGCAACUGGGCCACAAACCAUAGCUGUAUCCUCAACAGAGCUUAAUAACAAAUUAACAGCAGUAGUUAGUACUGCAAAAGAUAACAAAUUAAUUAAGAUAGACAUUCCUAAAAUACCAACAACUUUCACAGGCUCUGGAGACCUCUUUGCUGCAUUAUUUCUUGCUCAUAUACACUUACAAAAUGACAUCAAAACCAUUAUGGAAAAAACUGUAAACUCUUUAUACAGUGUAUUACUUAAUACUUAUGAAUAUUCAAAAGUGUGUGCAGAUAAUGAAGCACAGGCAGCUAAAAAGAUUGAGUUACGACUCAUACAAAGUAAAAGUAGUAUUGAAAAUCCUGAGAUACGCCUAUUCGCGGAAUCAUUUUAAAGUAUAACAUAUUAAGUUAUGAUUAUGUUUAUCUUACACAUACACACGUAUAUAUACAUA